AUGAGGACACUGCGCUUCCUGUCUGCCGCGGCCCUGGUGUCCCACCCACAGGUGGCUCAGCAGAGUCUGGACUGGGUGGCCCACAGCCUGUACCCACUCCUGUUCAAAGCCAGCUACUUGCUGGAGCACUGUGAGGUAAUCCGCGUUCUGCUGGGCCGCUGGCCACUGGAGGAGUUCCGGCUGGACCCGCUGCUGGCACCGAGCACAGAGCAGCCUGAGGACCUGCGUGACCGGGCGUGCAGGGCCUGCCUGGAGGCAUGUGUGCAGGGCCUGGCCGACCAUGUUCUCCGGGGUGGGGAGCAGGGGCUGCGCCUGGUGGACCUCACAGGCCUCCGGGACGUGCAGGUGCAGCAGUGCCCCUGUGGGCAGGCGCUGGGCAGGUGGGGCCGCACUGAGCUGCUGGCCAGGACCUGCUGUGCGCUGCAGGUCGAGCCUCGGGCUGUCCAGGUCCCCAUCCAGGUCCUGGCCGACAUCUUUGUUACCGAGGGUAACUUCCAGGUGGUGGUGCAGGCCCUGGCACCCCAGGGAGCCUCACCCCUCCAAGUGUGCUGUGUGUCCUUGCGGGCAGACAGCCUGGACCCAGGGCCACUGCUGCAGGUACUGCGCCUGGCAGGGCCGGGCCAGCUGCGCCGGCUGCAGGUGGUUCACAACGUGCGGCUGCACACCGGCCACGUGCAGCAAAUACUGGCCCAGGUGCGCCUCCCCCAGCUGACUGCACUCACCCUGCCCGCCAAGGCCUUGGAUGCACCCCCCGCCCACACCCUGGGCCCCGACGGCAAGGACCCCCUCCUCACUUCUAUCUCCCAGGCACUCGGCCAGAUGGCCCAACUCACAGAGCUGAGUGUGGCCUUCUCCACACUGACUGGGAAGAUCCAGCAACUGCUUGGCCCCCUGCAGACCCCGCUGAAGGUACUGGACCUGGCCAGCUGCUCCCUGAACUACGCAGACAUGGCCUUCCUGGCUGACUGCGCCCAUGCCACCCACCUGGAGGUGCUAGACCUCAGUGGGCACAGCCUGGUGAGCCUGUACCCUUCAUCCUUCUUCAGGCUGCUGCGCCGGGCAGCACCCACCCUGAGAGUCCUCACCCUGGAGGAGUGUGGUAUUGAGGAUGGCCACGUGAGCAUACUAAUCUCAGCCCUGGACCCCUGCCACCAGCUCCAGGAGUUGCGCUUCCUUGGGAACCCGCUGUCUGCCCAGGGCCUGAGGCGUCUCUUCUCUGCUUUGGGAGAGCUGCCACGGCUGCGGUGGGUGGAGUUCCCAGUGCCCAAGGAUUGUUACCCGGAGGGCACAGCCUACCCGCAGGAUGAGCUGACUGCGUCCAAAUUCGACCAGCACAAAUAUGACAUGAUUGCGCAGGACCUGCAUGCCCUGCUGCUGCGGGCCGGCCGCGAAGAUAUCCAGGCCUCCACGCCACUCUAUGGAAGCUUCGAUCCUGACAUCCAGGAAACCAGCCGUGAGCUUGGGGCCUUCUUGCUACAGGCUUUCAAAACUGCUCUGGAAAACUUCUCUAGAGCACUGAAGCAGAUGGAGUAG